AUGGAUCCCCAUACAAGUGCCCAAGAUUUGAUGCGAUGUGACCUGUGUGAGACCGCUGUGGUACAGAUGCAUUGUGAUACAUGUCUUGUCAACCUGUGUAAGGCAUGUGUGGGAGAACACAUGAUAUCUGAUGAAUCCAAGGACCACAAGGUCGUAAAAUUUCAGGCCAGGAAAUCAACUCCCCUCUACCCUAGAUGUAAAAUUCACGCCAAUACCAGCUGUGAGUUGUAUUGUAAAGAUUGCAAUAUUCCGGUUUGUUCUGCUUGUAUUGCCUCCAAAAAACACAAAGAACAUGACAUUCACUUGCUAAAAGACAUUUUUGCCAGGAAGAAGGCAGUAAUCCAGAAAGAAAUCAAUUCAUUAGAGGAAUCCAUCCAUCCAACCUACAUGGACAUAGCAGCAGAUGUACAAAACACACUGAGUCAACUUGAAACGGAAUAUGAAGAACUCCCAACAGCCAUAACGAAACAUGGAGAAGACUUGCACAGAGAAAUUGACAAACUUGUCCAGAAACUUAAGGCUGAAGUUAAUGAGAUGAAAAACAACCAUAAGCAAACUCUGAAAAAACAUUUAUUAGAUAUAAAUAUUUGCAUCUCUAACAUAAAUUAUGAUAUUGAAUAUUUGCAGAAAUUAAUGGAUUCUAGUGAUUUUCUCAAACUGUUAAACUUCCAAUUAGACUCUGCGAAGUAUAGAAUAUUACCAUCUAAACUUAAUGCAUGCACAGCACAAUUCUCACCACUUGCUAUACCAGAACAGAUCUCCAAAAUGUUUGGAAAAAUAAAAUCAACAACAAUAACAGCUGAUGAACAUGGUUAUAGUUUGAAAAAUCGCCAGGAAUCAUUAGAAGCUGUAUCCUCCCCCUUGAAAGAGAACUUACAAGAAACUGGAUCCUAUCCCCCCCUCAGUCAAUGGCUUGGUAAACCAAAAAGUGUAAGAAAAUUUACAACAGGGUAUACAGGAGAGCAAAUGGACACAGAGUAUAAAGAGCAACGGGGCUUAGAGUAUAAAGAGCAAUGGGAUACCGAGUAUAAAGAGCAAUGGGAUACCGAGUAUAAAGAGCAAUGGGACAUGGUGUACAUGUAUAAAGAGCAAAACAGCUCUGAUCAUAAAGAAAAAAAAUUGGACACUAAUUAUAAAGGAAAAGAGUGUGACACUGAUUAUAAAGGAAAAGUGUGUGACACUGAUUAUAAAAGAAAGGAGUGUGGCACUGAUUAUAAAACAAAGGAGUGUGGCACUGAUUAUAAAAGAGAGAAGUGUGGCACUGAUUAUAAAAGAAAGGAGAGAGAUAGUGAUUAUAAAACAAAGGAGUUUGGCACUGAUUAUAAAAUAAAAGAGUGCGUCACUGAUUAUAAAACAAAGGAGUGUGGCACUGAUUAUAAAAGAAAGGAGAGCGACAGUGAUUGUAAAACAAAGGAGUGUGGCACUGAUUAUAAAACAAAGAAGUGUGGCACUGAUUAUAAAACAAAGGAGUGCGGCACUGAUUAUAAAACAAAUGAGUGUGGCACUGAUUAUAAAACAAAUGAGUGCGGCACUGAUUAUAAAACAAAGGAGUGCGGCACUGAUUAUAAAACAAAGGAGUGCGGCACUGAUUAUAAAACAAAGGAGUGUGGCACUGAUUAUAAAACAAAGGAGUGUGGCACUGAUUAUAAAACAAAGAAGUGUGGCACUGAUUAUAAAACAAAGGAGUGCGGCACUGAUUAUAAAACAAAGGAGUGUGGCACUGAUUAUAAAACAAAUGAGUGUGGCACUGAUUAUAAAAUAAAUGAGUGCGGCACUGAUUAUAAAACGUCAAAUGAGUGCGGCACUGAUUAUAAAAGAAAGGAGUGUGACACUGAUUAUAAAAGAAAGGAGAGAGACAGUGACUGUAAAACAAAGGAGUGUGGCACUGAGUAUAAAAGAAAGGAGUGCGGCACUGAUUAUAAAAGAAAGGAGAGAGACAGUGACUGUAAAACAAAGGAGUGUGGCACUGAGUAUAAAAGAAAGGAGUGUGGCACUGAUUAUAAAAGAAAGGAGAGAGACAGUGACUGUAAAACAAAAGAGUGUGGCACUGAGUAUAAAAGAAAGGAGUGCGGCACUGAUUAUAAAAGAAAGGAGAGAGACAGUGACUGUAAAACAAAGGAGUGUGACACUGAUUAUAAAAUAAAGGAGUGUGACACUGAUUAUAAAACAAAGGAGAGAUACACUGAUUAUAAAAGAAAGGAGUGUGGCACUGUUUAUAAAAGAGUGGAGAGAGACAGUGAUUGUAAAACAAAGGAGUGUGACACUGAUUAUAAAACAAAGGAGUGUGACACUGAUUAUAAAACAAAGGAGACAUACAGUGAUUAUAAAAGAAAGGAGUGUGGCACUGAUUAUAAAAGAAAGGAGUGUGGCACUGAUUAUAAAAGAAAGGAGUGUGGCACUGAUUAUAGAACAAAGGGGUGUGACACUGAUUAUAAAACAAAGAAGUGUGACACUGAUUAUAAAAGAAAGGAGAGAUACAGUGAUUAUAAAAUAAAGGAGUGUGGCACUGAUUAUAAAAGAGUGGAGAGAGACAGUGAUUGUAAAACAAAGGAGUGUGACACUGAUUAUAAAACAAAGGAGUGUGACACUGAUUAUAAAACAAAGGAGUGUGACACUGAUUAUAAAAGAAAGGAGUGUGGCACUGAUUAUAGAACAAAGGAGUGUGACACUGAUUAUAAAACAAAGGAGUGUGACACUGAUUAUAAAACAAAGGAGUGUGACACUGAUUAUAAAAGAAAGGAGUGUGGGACUGAUUAUAGAACAAAGGAGUGUGACACUGAUUAUAAAACAAAGGAGUGUGACACUGAUUAUAAAACAAAGGAGUCUGACACUGAUUAUAAAACAAAGGAGUCUGACACUGAUUAUAAAAGGUUAUAA